AUGGGGAACACCUGCGUCGGCCCCAGCGCCCCCUCGGACCGCCACAGCUUCUUCAACUCCGUCUCCCUCGCCGUGCUCUGGCGCCCCCCGGCCGCCGCCGCCGCCGCCCGCGCCGAGCCUUCCUCGACCACUGAACCCAGUUCCUCCACUCCCUCCUCGACUCCCUCCAGGGCCCCUGACCCCGUCACCAUCUCCGACUCCGAGCACCCGCCACACUCCACCUCCACCUCCACCGCAUCAGUCCCCGCCGCCGCGCCGCCCAAUCCUAACGGCAAGCAGCCCAAGCCCAAGCCCAAGGUGAAGCGCGUGCAGAGCGCGGGCCUCGUCGCGGGCUCCGUGCUGAGGCGCGACUCCGAGCGGCUCAAGGACCUCUACACCCUGGGCAAGAAGCUCGGGCAGGGGCAGUUCGGCACCACCUACCAGUGCGUCGAGAAGGCGACGGGGAAGCACUUCGCCUGCAAGUCCAUCGCCAAGCGGAAGCUCGUCAACGAGGAGGACGUCGAGGACGUGCGCCGCGAGAUCCAGAUCAUGCACCACCUGGCCGGCCACCCCAACGUCGUGUCCAUCGUCGGAGCCUACGAGGACGCCGUCGCCGUGCACCUCGUCAUGGAGCUGUGCGCCGGAGGGGAGCUGUUCGAUAGGAUCAUACAGCGCGGGCACUACUCCGAGAAAGCCGCCGCACAGUUGGCCCGGGUGAUCAUUGGGGUUGUCGAAGCAUGCCAUUCGCUCGGGGUGAUGCACAGAGACCUCAAGCCGGAGAAUUUCUUGUUUGUCAACCAAAAGGAGGAUGCACCGUUAAAGGCUAUCGAUUACGGGCUCUCCAUCUUCUUCAAACCAGGUGAAAUAUUUUUGGAUGUCGUUGGAAGUCCUUAUUAUGUUGCACCUGAGGUUCUGAAGAAACGCUAUGGCUGUGAGGUGGAUGUGUGGAGUGCAGGUGUAAUAAUUUUUAUCUUAUUGAGCGGGGUUCCUCCAUUUUGGGAUGAAUCUGAACAAGGGAUAUUUGAACAAGUUCUGAAAGGCGAUCUUGAUUUUUCAUCUGAUCCCUGGCCCAGUAUUUCCGAGAGUGCAAAGGAUUUGGUCAGGAAGAUGCUAAACCGUGAUCCCAGAAAGAGAUUGACUGCACAUCAAGCUCUAUGUCAUCCCUGGGUUUGUGUAGAUGGAGUGGCUCCUGACAAACCUCUGGAUUCUGCUGUUUUAACCAGAUUGAAACAGUUUUCUGCAAUGAAUAAACUAAAGAAGAUGGCCCUUAGGGUCAUUGCUGAAAAUUUGUCCGAAGAUGAAAUUGCAGGAUUGAGAGAAAUGUUCAAAAUGCUGGACACUGACAAUAGUGGGCAGAUCACGUUGGAGGAACUAAAAAGUGGUUUGAAGAGAAUUGGUGCUAACUUAAAAGACUCUGAAAUUACAACACUAAUGGAGGCGGCAGAUAUUGAUAACAGUGGUUCCAUUGAUUAUGGAGAGUUCCUAGCUGCAACUUUGCAUCUGAACAAAGUUGAGCGAGAAGAUAACCUCUUUGCAGCAUUCUCAUACUUUGAUAAAGACGGGAGUGGUUACAUAACUCAUGAUGAGUUACAAAAAGCAUGCGAGGAAUUUGGUAUAGAAGAUGCACACCUAGAAGAUAUCAUUCGUGACAUUGAUCAAGACAAUGAUGGCCGGAUCGACUACAAUGAGUUUGUAACCAUGAUGCAGAAGGGAAAUAACCCGCUAGGGAAAAAAAGGCAUUGUCAGAUGAGCUUUGGUCUUAGAGAAGCAUUGAAGCUUGGCUAG